GCCACCGACGAAGUAGAGAUAAGUUUGUUGGCCUGCGUUCAUUUUGCAGCUAAUUCUAUUAAUUAAAUAGGUUUUCUGAGGAAUAAGUCUAGACGUUGUAAGUCAUGGAUGUCGGCGAGCUGUUGACUUAUCAGCCUGACCGAGGAGCUAAGCGGCCCAGGGAGGAAGAUGUCAGUGAGGAGUCCCGGGUCAAGCAGAAGACCUCCAGCAGGGAGCCUCCUCGACCCGCCGUGCUUGGGGAGGCAGAGAGUGAAAACAAAGACAGCAAGGAGAAGAUCUUGGAGAAGCUCAUGGACCAGGAUGAGGUUGACCCAGAGGGAGAGCUGGUGGAUGAGAGCACAGUGAAGAAAAUGAUCCUGACCUUUGAGAAAAGGUCGUACAAAAACCAGGAGCUCAGGAUUAAAUUCCCAGACAACCCAGAGAAGUUUAUGGAGGCAGAGCUGGACCUGAAUGACAUCAUCCAGGAGAUGCAUGUGAUCGCCACCAUUCCAGAGCUGUACCACCUGCUGGUGGAACUGAAUGCUGUCCACUCCCUUCUGGGGCUGCUGAGCCAUGACAACACAGAUAUCGCCAUCGCAGUAGUGGAUUUGCUGCAGGAGCUCACAGACAUAGACACGCUGCACGAAAGCGAGGAAGGGGCCGAGGUCCUCAUUGACGCCCUGCUGGAGGGCCAAGUGGUCGCUCUUCUCGUGCAGAACAUGGAGAGGCUGGAUGAGACUGUUAAAGAAGAGGCAGACGGAGUCCACAACACGCUAGCCAUCGUGGAGAACAUGGCAGAGUUCAGACCAGGCCUGUGCGCGGAGGCCGCCCAACAGGGUCUUAUGCAGUGGCUGCUAAAGAGGAUUAAGGCAAAGAUGCCUUUCGAUGCUAACAAGCUGUACUGCAGUGAGAUCCUGGCCAUCCUUCUACAGAACAAUGACAGCACCAGGGAGCUGUUGGGAGAGAUGGACGGCAUUGAUGUCUUAUUGCAGCAGCUGUCAGUGUUUAAGAGGCACAACCCCUCCACAGUGGAGGAGCAGGAGAUGAUGGAGAACCUGUUUGACGGGCUCUGUUCCUGCCUCAUGCUGCCAGCCAAUCGUGACCGGUUCCUCCGGGGAGAGGGCCUUCAGCUUAUGAACCUCAUGCUCAGAGAGAAGAAGCAGUCAAGGACAAGCGCGCUCAAAGUGUUGGACCACAGCAUGAUCGGGCCCGAGGGCUCAGACAACUGUCACAAGUUCGUCGACAUCCUCGGCCUGCGCACCAUCUUCCCUCUCUUCAUGAAGACACCCAAAAAGAUGAGGAAAACUGGGAUCUCCGACAAGGAGCAUGAGGAGCAUGUUUGCUCCAUCCUGGCCUCCAUGCUGAGGAACCUGAAAGGGCAGCAGAGGAGCCGAUUGCUCAGCAAGUUCACUGAGAACGACUGCGAGAAGGUGGACAGACUGAUGGAGCUGCAUUUUAAGUACCUGGAAGGUGUUCAGCUCGCUGACAAGAGGAUUGAUGGAGAGAAACAUGACAUGGUGAGGCGUGGGGAAAUCUUGGAUGACUCUAUGGAGGACGAGUUUUACCUGCGCCGUUUGGACGCUGGCCUCUUCGUCUUACAGCUCAUCUGCUACAUUAUGGUGGAGAUCAGCAGUGCAGGAAUCCCGCAGCUGCAACAGAGAGUGCAUCAGAUCCUGAAUCUGAGGGGGGGUUCGGUAAAGACUGUUCGGCACAUCAUGAGAGAGUACGCAGAAAGCAUGGGUGAUGGCAAGAACGAGGAGUUCCGCCAGAGUGAGCAGAAGCGCAUCAUGGAUCUUCUGGAGAACUUCUAAACCUCCAAUAAGAACACAGGCAAGGAUCCUACCACCAAUGGCUGAAUGGCUUACAGUAAUGUCCUCUGUAAAUAGUCUUCCAUUAUGUCUUCUCAUAAUGGUUACCCUUGAGAGGUUGGGGUCAAGCAAUUGGACAAGCAAUUGGACUCCUGGAGUGUCUAAAGAAUUUUUGCUAGAAGCCUGGAGAAGACACCCUUCAGUGGGCUCCAUGGGGAUUGAUUUCAGCCAUUCAGCCCUUUCAGAGCUCAAAGGAAGAGCACAUUGCCUUGGACAAUGCCUUUUGCUGCCAUGGUCUGACAUGAUCGUAUGAGAGAGUUAAACAUGUUAAUCAGCAGUGAAGACAUGUUUUGUAACAUUUUGUCUUUUGGGCCAUUUUUAAAAUGAACUUUAUUAUGAAGAUGGUUGAGAGCAACUCAAAUUUAAUGUUUAAUUAAAUGUUCUUUACAUCUUG